UAAUCAAUCAGCAGCCCAGAGUCUCGACAGUUAAUGGCUGGGCUGCGCAGAGCUCCAGCCUCCCGUCCCGCUCCCGCGUGCCCAGGCGCCCCGGAGCGGCAGGGCGCGGCGCGCGGGCAGUCACUGGGCCAUGUGCUGGGGGGGCGCUAGUCGGAGCCGCGCUCCCCGCAGCAGACGCGGGCAGCAGUGAGCGGCGGACCCGGAGGCCGGCUGCAGGCAGAGCCGGAGAGCCAGCAGAGCCCCCCUGUCGCCCCCGUCCCGCUUCAGCCGAGAUGUUUCCCAAUGGCACCGCUUCUUCUCCUUCCUCCCCUCCUAGCCCUUGCCCGGGCGGCUGCGGCGCGGCUGGCGGCAGCAGGGUCCCCGCCGCGGACGGCAUGGAAGAAACGGGGCGCAACGCCUCCCAGAACGGGACCUUGAGCGAGGGCCAGGGCAGCGCCAUCCUCAUCUCCUUCAUCUACUCCGUGGUGUGCCUGGUGGGACUGUGCGGCAACUCCAUGGUCAUCUACGUGAUCCUGCGCUACGCCAAGAUGAAGACGGCCACCAACAUCUACAUCCUCAACCUGGCCAUCGCCGACGAGCUGCUGAUGCUCAGCGUGCCCUUCCUGGUCACGUCCACGCUGCUCCGCCACUGGCCCUUCGGCGCCUUGCUCUGCCGCCUGGUGCUCAGCGUGGACGCCGUCAACAUGUUCACCAGCAUCUACUGCCUCACGGUGCUCAGCGUGGACCGCUACGUGGCCGUGGUGCACCCCAUCAAGGCCGCCCGCUACCGCCGGCCCACGGUGGCCAAGGUGGUGAACCUGGGCGUGUGGGUGCUCUCCCUGCUGGUCAUCCUGCCCAUCGUGGUCUUCUCCCGCACCGCCGCCAACAGCGACGGCACGGUGGCCUGCAACAUGCUCAUGCCCGAGCCGGCGCAGCGCUGGCUGGUGGGCUUCGUCCUCUACACCUUCCUCAUGGGCUUCCUGCUGCCCGUCGGGGCCAUCUGCCUGUGCUACGUGCUCAUCAUCGCCAAGAUGCGCAUGGUGGCCCUCAAGGCCGGCUGGCAGCAACGCAAGCGCUCGGAGCGCAAGAUCACCCUGAUGGUGAUGAUGGUGGUCAUGGUGUUCGUCAUCUGCUGGAUGCCCUUCUACGUGGUGCAGCUGGUCAACGUGUUUGCCGAGCAGGACGACGCCACGGUGAGCCAGCUGUCGGUCAUCCUGGGCUACGCCAACAGCUGCGCCAACCCCAUCCUCUACGGGUUCCUCUCGGACAACUUCAAGCGCUCUUUCCAGCGCAUCCUGUGCCUCAGCUGGAUGGACAACGCCGCCGAGGAGCCCGUCGACUACUACGCCACCGCGCUCAAGAGCCGCGCCUACAGUGUGGAGGAUUUCCAGCCGGAAAACCUGGAGUCGGGGGGUGUCUUCCGCAACGGCACCUGCACGUCCCGCAUCACCACGCUCUGAAUUCUGAAUCCAGGCCGCCCCAGGGCCAGGGUACAGGGGCCAAAGACGCGGAAGGUGGAA